AUGUCUGAAAUUAAAUCCAGUCAGCGGUUCCACAGCCUGAAGCCUGAGCAAGUGGCAGUUCUCCAUCAGGUUUUGUCAGACAUUGUUCCCAUCCACGGCCGCGGGAACUUUCCAACCCUGGAACUCCGCCCUCGAGACAUCAUCAUCGCUGUACGGGCUAGUCUGCGGAAGCAAGGCAUCACUGUAAGAGACGUGCGCCUCAAUGGCUCCACAGCAAGCCAUGUUCUGGUCCAAGACAACAAAAUGAGCUAUAAAGACCUGGAUAUUAUUUUUGGAGUGGAGCUGCCCAGUCAGGAGGAGUUCCAGGUGAUCAAAGAGUCAGUACUUGGUUGCUUGCUGGACUGCCUGCCAGCAGGGGUCAACAGAGAGAGGAUCAGCAGUGCAACAAUGAAAGAGGCCUAUGUCCAAAAGAUGGUCAAAGUCUUUAAUGAGCAGGACCGCUGGAGCCUCAUCUCCUUGUCCAACAACAGUGGCAAAAACCUGGAGCUCAAAUUUGUAAGCAUGCUGAGGAGGCAGUUUGAGUUCAGCGUUGAUUCCUUCCAAAUCAUUUUGGAUCGUCUUCUUGAAUCCUAUCUCCAGGAGUCACUGCACAAGCAUAAUGUUACACAGAAGGAAGAGAAUAAAAAUGCUUCUUCUGUGCUUAAGCAGUGUAGCGCUGCAGGAACUGAAAAAUCGAAAUGUAAAAAUGCAUCUCUUUCAGAAGAAGGGCCUCAUAUUACCAACACUGAACAGAAGGAUGACACGCAUGGAAAAGAAGACACAAUAAAAUCAACAAAACACUCCACACAGGAGGAAAAUAACAAAGAAAAAAACCCCACAGAGCUAAAUGACCACCAAGAAAACUUGAAUGAACCCAAACUCCCUGGGCAUGCGUCUUUAAAAAUGAUCGGAGGAGAGAAACCAACCACUGAGACCGAUGUGGCGGAAUAUCAACUCGACGAUGCACUGCAGCCCUCAGACUCACCUGAAUGCUCAGAGCACUUGGAACCAGUAUUUUCAAAUCACGAUGCACCUUGUGAUAAACAUGAAGUACUCACAGAGAAAACAACUGGACUGACAAAGACCACACAGCCAACGCCGACAGAGUCCGUAAGACUGACAAAUAACUGCGACAGCAGAGAAGCAUCCGAGAACACCGAGACCUCAAAAAGUUUAGAUGAGCGUGAGAAAGAUGAAACACGAUGGUUGUGUAACCCAAAUGUUGACACAUCUUCUCAACUAAGGGCAGACAACACUUUAGAGAGCGGAAAAAAAGAUCAAAUGAAUGUACUGAUGAAUGCAGAGCUUCAAGGGGACAUAGAAAAUAGUCAGCCAUCAAAAAAGAAAUUCACACCGGAAGAAAAGACGGAGUGCACGCAGGCUGAUGGGUGUGUUUCUUCCAUCUCCGCCACGCCGCUCUCACCCAACAGCGCUGUAGAAACACACAGCGCACAGAUUGAAAAAUCACAUGACAGACUUGACAGCAUGGCAGACACUCAGGACACACUUGCACCACCCAGCCUUGUUACUGACGAAAAGGCAUUCUGUCCACCUUCUUGUAAAGUCUCAGAAAGACUCUCUCAUAUGGUGGUGCUUAAGCAUUCAUCUCCUAAACCGCCGCGUAGGAUGUGCAGGAAGGUUGCUCCCAUGCCUGACCCUGGGUCAGCCUUUGAGAGUGACUCCAUGUCAGAUUCCAGUUUAGAUCCAAACUGUUCCUCAAGCCCUGAACCCGAUCUUCAUGGUAAACUAAGACUCGGGCCCAGUCUUGUUACCGCUCCUGGUUCAGACCCCACAAGAGUAACACUCUCGAUAAUGACAGUCCCUGGGCUCGAAAACAGUCCAAACAGCAACCUUUCAUCAAAUCUGGACUUCCGUUUCACUCCUGAUCCUGCCCCAGAUUCCAUUUCCGUUGAACCUCUGGAUCCAAAACCUUCCGAGUUAAUCACAGAGUGUUUGUGCGGAACGGACAUUCAAACCCGUGAGGACAGACUAGCUGAUCAGAGGCAGUCUUCCACUGAAAAUACUACUUUGCAACUGAAACAAAGUGAAUCUCCCGAUAGCCUGAACUCGCUCGUUUCACUUAGUGAUAAAUGUCAGUCAAAUACCAAAGAAUCUGAAACCAAUGAGGAUGAGGAGAACAAAUUGGAUAAGCCAAGUGGCAGCAGCGAAAAAUCCUCACCACGACAAGAGACCCCUCCGCCCCAAUCACCUUCCUCUUCGCACAGUGUCACCCCGCUAGUUUCAUGCCUGCCGCCUCCUGUACUCAGUCUCUCACCUCCCUGCCUCACCCCUUCACUCCCAAGCCUCAGCCCACCCCCAUGCUUGACACCCCCCUCUCACUGCCUCUCGUCUUCGACGCUGCACACUGCCGGCUCCGCCACCAGUUACAGCUCUCCGUCCCUCGGCUUCAGCCCGACAUCGUCCUGCAUCAGCUCCCCUCCUUAUCUCACCCCUCCUAUGCUUAGCCUCAGCCCUCCCCCUGUCUGUCUAACUCCUCCUUCUCCGUGCCUCAGCCCUCCGCUCCUCUGCUUCACUCCUCCAGUGGAAUCAGAGGAUCCCGCAUUUCGGAUAUCCUCAGAUGCUGGGUCUCUGAUUGACAACUCAGACAGUGAAGAACAGAUUCUCGAGCCUUCUACCCUGCACCCAGUUCCUGUCUUGCAACUGGAGGAUAAAAGAGAGCAGACUUAUGGUUCUUUGUUGACUCAGGUUCCAGAGCCUGUCUCUUUUCCGAUCACACUACCAAGUGCGACCUCACAUGCGCUGCCCCAGUGUGCAGACCCAAGCGGAGCUGCCCCUCCAAACACAAAUGAUGCAUUUAGCUCAGCGGCUGAGAGCAAAGAGGCCCCAAAAACAAAUGCUGAUGUGUCUGAGCAGAUGGCAGCUCCUCAAGCAGCGGGCUGUGUCCCUGCGGUAGAGGUCCUGGCCGAGAGCAUGUAUGGUGACUUUGAGGCCGCCAUGGAUCACCUGCGCUACCGCUUAAUCGCUACAAGGAAUCCUGAAGAGAUUCGAGGUGGCGGCUUGUUGAAAUACAGCAACCUACUGGUCAGGGACUAUCGACCGGCCAGUGAAACUCAAAUAAAGACACUGGAACGUUACAUGUGCUCACGCUUUUUCAUUGAUUUCCCCGACGUGCAAGAGCAGCAGAGGAAGAUCCUGUCCUACUUGAAGAAUCACUUCAUUGGAGAGGAGAGAAGCAAGUAUCAGUACCUAAUGACACUACGCCGCGUGGUGGACGACAGCACGGUGUGUCUGAUGGGCCACGAGAGGCGCCAGACUCUCAACAUGAUCACGGUACUGGCACUGAAAGUUCUCGGGGAGCAGAACAUUAUCCCCAACACAGAUCAUGUCACAUGCUUCUAUCAGCCUGCUCCAUACCUUGCUGAGCACAACAGCCCCUACCUGACGGAACCCAGUUACUGCAGCUACUACAUCCCCCAAGGGGCAUCAACUCUCCUUUACCAACCAUACCCUUUGCACAUGCACACACAAACGGGACUGGUUUAACUGUGAAAAAAAUGUGCCUGAAUAGGUACACAAUACUGUGUACCUAUUCAGGCACAUUUGGAAUGGCAAAACACGCAGCAAAGGAAAAAAACCCUACCUGUUAUCAGCUAAGAGCUGGAGAAUGGAAAUAGCUUUGGCCUCUCACAGACUUUCCAGUGAGUACCUCGGGGCUGUAAUUCCAUUGGUCCUCUAAAGCAAGGGUCCCCAACCUUUUUUUCCCCACGGACCGGUUUAUUUCAGACAAUAUUUCCAGGGACCGGCAUUCAAGAUGUGGCGGAUUAAUACAACAAAGUAAUACAGUAUGAGCUGCAUGAAAACUGUGGUGUUUUCAAAAUAUAAUAGUAAACACAAGGAGCGUCUAAUCUGGCCGCAACACCGAUCGCUCUGGUAAUGUUUAAUGCCUUCAAAAUACGAUACAACGCAAAUUCAAAGUGCAUGAAAAUGAUGAUUCACCACGGCCCCGAGCUUGAUUUUCUGCAACUAGAUGGUCCCAUCUCGGGGUAAAAGGGGGCAAUGACACCUCAGGCGUGUGGUUUAUGUCCAGUAUAGUUCGUAAUUUUGUUUUAGUCGCUGUUGCUGCAGAAACGCCCCACCUCACACAGGUAGGAUGUCGGAAAUAGCAAUAGUGCUAUUGUGGCGAUCUCAGAGUAUUCAGCCAUAACUUUAAUCCAGUUGUCUCUACUUUUAAAGCUGCCGUCAUUUGCGAUCUCCAGCAGUUCUUUAACUCAUUUUGCGACCUCCAACGUUUUGUUUUUAGCGUAAUCGGUCACGUGACAGAGAAGCGUGGUUUGACGUGAGUGGUUUGACGUGACACAGACGGAUGUAACGGAGAAUCUGGUAAUUUUUCAAAAUAAAACAUCUUUCGUUUUCCGAAAUAAAUGAAACGGAUUUAAGGCAAAAUUUUUCUGAGGGGCCAAAUGCCCUGCGGACCAGUACCGGUCCGCGGACCGGCGGUUGGGGACCCCUGCUUUAAAGUUAAAACAAGAUUAUUAGUCAUGACUUUGGGUGAGGGAGGAGGGGAUAUAUUUGGUAUAAUUCCUAAAAAUACUGUGCGCCCUUGAGUGAUAACCGUUUGGGAUACCUGGGACCAAAGAUGAGUUUCUGACCUUCUCAGACAUGCAAACGUACUUCCAGAUUCUAUUAUUCCGACAUGUCCUUUUCCUGUUCCUACUGUGUUGUUCUGAUUGGGUUUGUUUAGAAUUUGGACCUUGCCUGUGAUAUAUACAGUAUUGUGCAUGGACUACAUCGGACUGUUCUCUCACUGCCAAAUGCUGUGUGACUAUGUUCCCAAGACGGUUUAAUGUAAAUGUUGUUUUCAUGUACUGAAGAGUUAAUUUUGAAGACGUGUACAAUGAUGGGUUUUUCAAUUUGUGAAGUGAUAGGUCCUUUCAUGCAUGCAUACAUAUGAACACCACACUUAUUGUAAAAUUGAUGGGAAACCGGAUAAUGCAUGAGCAACUCGACAUCCCAUACAUAUAUGACACAAUGCAAAGGCGUUUAAGUCAAUUGAAAUUUCUCUAUUUUUGCAAGACUUUCCAAGAUUACACUCAACGGUCAUCCUGCUGUUUGUUCACAAUGCCUUUGUAACAGACUUUACAGCAUACAAGUUAGGUUGUGUGUGAAUUAACAAUCCGCCAUUUUCAGGUAAACUGUGAGAAAAUGUGCCGGAUUCCUUUUCUUUUUUUCCUUUUUGUGGAGUGCUUUGUGUAGACAUGUGACGUACUUGACGAUUUAGUUUACAUGACACAGGUGGUCAAAUUAUAACCAUCUUUGGGCCAUAUCCAAGAAUGGAUGAGGUAGAAGCAAUUGCCUUCGAAUGACUGACUCGUCUCACAAUGAAUCAGCAUUCACCAUCUACAUCAACGGUGUCAAACUCAUUUCACAUUGUGGGCCACAUACGGACUCGGUAGAGGUCAAGUGGGCCGAACCAUUAACAUUAUACCAUACUGUGGCUAUGAAUCACCAAAAUAUCAUCUCUUUCCUUUGUUUUGGUCUCAAAAAGCAUUGAUUGGCGCUUUCAUAUCAUUUGCUGCGUUGGAUCUCGGUGACAGACCGAGACUGCUGUUUUGUUCCCAGAUCAAAACAAUGAUGUCUUCAACUGUGAUCAAAACAGUGUGCCCCCUAGUUUACAAUCCACAAACUGUAUUUUAUUUAAAAUAUUCAUUCUGUGUCUUUAAUGCAUUUCUUUCACUUUUAAAUGAUCCCGCGGGCCGGAUCGAACCUCCUUGGGGGCCGGUUCCGGCCCGCGGGCCGUAUGUUUGAUACUGGUGAUCCACAUGAAGUACUGUAAUUCCAUAAAAAUUUCAAAGCAGUUUGGAUCUAAUUUAAAGUGACAGGAACCAUGACCAAAGAUGGUUGGGCAGGGAAAUCAAGUGCCUAAUUGAAAGAAAUAAGAGUCUUUAUCUUACCGCAGCACUGGGGGUGUUAACGGGGUGGGUCUGGACCUGGGUUGUACUUUUUGUGUUUCAAUGUUGACCCCGUCACUCCUGCCUGUUUUGAAGUCUUCUUUAAUGUACUUGUUUGUUGUAGUUUAUUCAUGUACCUUUUAAUAAAUAAAGGGGAACUUUAAAAAAAUAA